GGUUUGUUGAGAUUAACUUCCGGAGUGGCGUUGUGUUUGUCAGCUGACAGUUCGAAACAGCGCUGUAGCAUCUCCAUAGACCAAACCCUGAAAACCAAGAAAACGCCUUCUUCUGUCCGCGAUCAGCUCUUCAGCCGCGGAAAGACGGACAGUCGUCGCCCCUGCUCCCGACACUCGUCUUCCCGCCAGACGCACCAUGAGUGUCGGUGCUCCGAAGGGCCUGGCCAGCUCAGGGCAGAAACCCAUCACGGAGAUCACCCACCCGCUGUCCGCCGCUGACGAGCCGCUCUCCCCGGGGCCAGAAGUCAUCGUGAACGCUGGCGGGGACAAGGAUGCCGGGUUGACCAAUGGUACGCCAGUAGAGACAUCAAGCCCCGCCUCCGUGUCUUCACUGUUCAAUCGGCUCCAGUUGGACGAUGAGCUGGACGGGGACACCUCCUCAGAAACCAAGGACCUUUUUGUGACGGUGGACGACCCAAAGAAGCACGUGUCCACCAUGGAAACCUACAUCACCUACAGAGUCUCCACCAAGACGACGAGGAUAGAGUUUGACCUGCCAGAGUACAGUGUGAGGCGGCGCUACCAGGACUUCGACUGGCUUCGAAUCAAGCUGGACGACAGCCAACCCACGCACUUGGUCCCUCCGCUGCCAGAGAAGUUUGUCAUGAAGGGUGUGGUGGACCGCUUCUCGGAAGAAUUUGUGGAGACCAGAAUGAAAGCUCUGGACAAGUUCCUCAAGAGAGUGGCUGACCAUCCUGUCCUCUCAUUCAACCCACAUUUUAAUGCUUUCCUCACUGCAAAGGACUUGAACAAGCGUCAGGGUCUGGCUCUGUUGACCAAAGUAGGUGAGUCGGUGAAGUAUGUGGCCAGCGGGUACAAGCUGAGGGCACGCCCGGCAGAGUACACGGCCAUGGUGGAGUACCUGGACACCUUCAGUGGGAAACUGGGAACUAUGGACCGCAUCGCACAGAGGAUAUUAAAGGAGCAGUCAGAGUACCUAACAGAGCUCCGGGAGUAUGGUUCAGUAUACAGCAGCUGGGCAGCAUUGGAGGAGGAGCUGCAGCGCCCUCUGGAGGGAGUGGCAGGGAGUGUGUCUACAUGCUGCAGAGCCAUGGAGGACCUUAGUGAAAAUAUGAGCCAGGACUUCCUCCCUGUUCUCAGAGAAUACGUCCUCUACAUAGAAUCCAUGAAGAAUGUUCUAAGGAAAAGAGACCAGUGCCAAGCAGAGUACGAAGGUCGACUUGAGGCAGCUAUUUUACGGAGACAAGAGGAUAGAACGCCUGUUCCAGCCGAGGUGGAGAAAUGCCAGGACAAAGUGGAGUGUUUUAAUGCAGACCUGAAGGCAGACUGGGAACGCUGGCAGAGGAACAAGAGACAGGACUUUAAACAGCUCCUUACAGGCAUGGCCGACAAAAACAUCAGCUACUACGAGAAGUGCCAGUCUGCGUGGGAGUCUCUCAUCACAGUUCUCCAGGACAAACAGACUGAGGACAAAACCAGUGAGACAAACUGAACUUUUGCAUACCACCCCCUCUGUCUCUCCUCCCUGUGCAUUACUCUGUCUCAUGCCAAGGAAAAGGACCCAUCGAGUGACGUCUUGAACCCCUGUCUUUGUGUCUAAUAAAGGGACACCACUAGACAGUGAAGCAGGUAACAGACAAGUUCACAAACAGCAGGGACAAUGAACACACCUACUAUGUACAGACAUGUUUUCUUACAAUUAUUCUAAAUGUGUGAUUUUACGGUUGCCAACACCACUUGUCAUUUACAGGGCUUUCAGAGACGCGGACGCCAUGUUGGAUCUGCUCUUUCUAUAUUCUCAUUAUUAAAAGAGAAGCAUUACAAAUUAAUAAACUUUCUUUUUUCAGAUCUCAUCUCUUAAUUACUUGAAUUAGAGUUUGAAUUACCAAAUUCUCACUUAAAGGUCCUAUAUUUCACAAAAUUCGAAUGCUGUUGAAUCAUCUAAAACACACCUGGAAUGUUUCAUUCACACAUAUUUAAGUAACCCUUUAUUAUAAAUCUGUCUGUAAGCCCAAAAUGCUCUUUUCCACUUUGUGAUAUCAUGAAGCGAUAGUUUUCAAGUUAACGGCUACUUUUUACCUUUUGUUCAGUAGAGAUUGGCUAUUCCAGGGGUGAAAUGAACCAAAUGUGUAGUGAAGGUGUGUGGAGUUCAAAAACACAGUGGAGCAUGUCAUGUAUUAUCAUGACAUCACAAGGUGGAACUGAGUGUUUUUUUGUUUGAGAGAAGAACUCAGCCUAAAUAUGUGGGAUAUGUGAGUUAAACAUGUGUGAAUGAGACAAAACACAGCUCCAGGCAUAUUUUUGAUGAGACAACAACAUUAUAACAUAGAUCAGAAAAUGGCGCACUAUGAGGCCUUUAAUUAUUUUAGAUGUUCAUCAUGGUACUUGAUUUCAUAUGUAAGGUGGCCUGAUUUCUGUUUUGUUUUUAGUCUUUUUUAAUUUUUAUAUUCUGAUCCAUUUAUUUGGGAGAUGCCACUUUAAAGGGUCUGUUAUGCUUUUUCAAUCUUGUACAUCUUACAGGUUUAUACAGACUUUUUUUUUUAUUACGUCCCUAACUCUCUUGUCCUCCUUGUCUAGUUCAAAUAGCCCUAUUUCAAAAAGGACUGAAAGAAUGUACUGUUGACUAAACUGACUGCAAUUGGAUAGACAUAUGAAACUAGUUGGAAUAGUUCCAAUAGUACAUUCAUAUAACACGAAAAAUUUCACAUCACCCAAAGCAGGUUAAAAGAGUGAAUGCAAAUUAAUAAAGGUCUGGCUGGCCGGACUACUUAUGGUAAAUUUAAACAUAUUAAAAAUCGAAUAUGUGUUUUAGAUUCACCAAGAGUUCAAAGCACACACAAACAAUACAUUUUAUUCGUUUCUUCACUAUUAAAAGGGAUUUGCCAACAUAAGCAACCAGUUAGAGAAGUAAGUGUACCAAGGAAGUUUUACAUCCCUAAAUUCUAACACGUAUGAACAAUGCCUCUUCAGUAUGACCCAAUCUCUCCUGUUACAAACUCAACUGAAAAUUCAUUCAGGAAGUAUCACUGGCGAAUUCCCCCUUGCUUACACUAUGUUGCCUUAAAACAGAAGACCCCUUUGAUAAUGUGUAAUCUUAGUUUCAACAUCUCUGUUUGCAGUAUGAGGUCAUUUCUGCGUUCUGCUUGUUUUUGAACCAGAAUAACUAUAUCAAUGCUUAUCUGCGACAGUAUUUUUUGAAAUAUCUUCUUUUUUUUUUUUUUUUUGGUAAUUUUUAUGUUUCAUACUAAAAAAAAUGUGACAACAGGGAAAACAAGGGAAGGACCAUAAGCACAUGUAUGAAUUGAUACAACACACUUUCCAUAUUUUAAUAAUUGCCUUCAGUAAUUCUUACAAGCUUUUAGACAUUUACUACAUUUUCAUCUAGGUUCAAGCGUGUCAUUUGUGCACAAGUGGUGCUAAUUAUUUGUUUACCAGCAUUGCUUCUUUGCUAAAGACUAAAGUCUGUGUUGUAGCAUCUAUAGGCCAGUCUGUGAUUUGAUUUUAUAUUCUAUAUUCAGUCAGUGUCUUUCUCCUAUAAAAUGUGUGUGUUUUAAUAUAUAUAAUUUUCUAAUGAUUCAAACAUUUUGCAUCUAUGGUUUACCUGUAACAUGAGGCAUAAUUGCUGAUUGAAAACUCGCAUUGAACUGGUAAAGGUUCGAAAAGCUCUGCUUAGAAAUUGCAGUGUACUUAAUGGUUAAAUAAUGUUUUUUAAAGGUACACUAUGGAACUUUUCUGGUGGGGAUCCGCUGAUUCUUGACCCUAUGGAGAAUGUUCCACAGUAUGGCAUUAAAGGUCCUAUAUUACACAAAACUGACUCUUGGAAGUUUUUAGCCACGUUAGAAUGUUGUUGCAAACCUCAAAAAUAUACCUAGAGUUGUGUUUUGUUUCAUUCACACGUUUGAGUAAUUUAGAAUUAUUAGACUGUCUACAACAACAAAGUACAAAAUGCUCUGUUCCACCUUGUGAUGUCAUGUAAUGGUAGUUUUCAAGUUAACAGCUACAUUUCACCUUUUGUUCAGAAGAGAUCCUCUAUUCCGGUAAUGAAAUUAUCCAAAUGAUUCUUGUGAAGGUGUGUAGAAUUUAAAAACACAGUGGAGCUGUAUUAUCACAUGACAUCACAUGGUGGAACAGAGUGUUUUCUGUUUGAGAGAAGGACCUAAAUAUACAGGGUGUGUGUUAAAUAUGUGUCAAUGAAACAAAAAAAAAAUCCAGGUAUGUUUUUGAUGAGGAAACAUAACAGAUCAGAAAAUAGUGUAAUAUGGGCUCUUUAAACUACCUCGCAUGUAUUUCAUUAUGGCUGUUUUUAUAACUCAAAAAUACCUGGAAAACAUGUGAGCGAGGUCGCCUUGUCAUGUCACCUACUAUGGAGUUGUGGAGUAUAGAUUAAAGGCUAUUCUUUGGAACAUUCAAAGCAAAGCAGUAACAUUGAGACAAAUGGGUGGUUUACCACCAGAAAUGUUACGUAGUGCACCUUUAACCUUUAAUGUGUUGUCAUAAGAAUGUAUCUCUUAGCAUUACAGUUGUGUCAAAAUGUUUGUCUUCGCCUUAUUAUGGGCAAACAACAAAAGCCGGGCAAAAAAUGUACAUCCCUGUGAGCACAAAUGAGCUAAUUUAAAUCAGUUUAAUAAUUAGAAUAAUAAUUGUAUUACCAUAAAUAAAUCUCUAGCCCCUUGUAAAGAUGUAGCUGCUUAUGUUGAACCUAAAUAUUUUCUGUGAACAUUUAAUUUCCGUAAGUAACCAUUUACUACUACCCAUUAACUAUUCAAAACCCAAAUUUCAAAUGUUUAAAAUAAUAUGUGCAUAUAUCAAAACUAAAGUAAAUAUAUUUGAGUGAAUUACUAGUAGUUACUAUUUAAUUUUCAAAGUCACUUUUUCCUAAAUAUAACAGAUUGACCAUUUUAAGUUGUCAAUGAAAUAAAAACAAUAUCAAUUUGAAAAGGAAAUUAUUUUUGUAAAAUACUUAAAACUGACUUGGCUCUUAUUUACUUUUGUAAUACGUUGUACUGUGAAUAAACAAAUAAUAAUAAGUAAAACUAAGGUCUUUCCACUGAACUAUACUGAUCCAGUGGAGUGUCAAUACGACGUUCUUUGUUCAAUAAUAUAACCAUACAAGCCAGUUUAUUUUUGUAUAGAAAUUAAAGUUGGGUUUUGUCUCAGCAUCUGGCAUACUUACACAAGGCGAAGAAGGAUUUGCACUAUGAUGUAAUGUAAAUAUGGAAUAACCAAAUUUAAAUAAACGCAAUAUAGUCUGACUUUUCCUCUCCAGGUGCUGAGAGGAACUCCACUAUAGUUUUUGAAGUUUGUAUUAUGUACUCUUACCCAUAGCCAUUGUAAAGCCCAUGUGAUACUGUGUGCCUGCUGAUUUCCUGUUGCACUAAAUGUAGCUGACACCUUCUCUAAAAACCAGGUCUGAGUCUGACAGAUAAACAGAUUCAAGUGGUAUUGAGCUGGGAAGUUUUUUAAUGUUGACACUUUUUUAAGCCAAAUGUCCCCGGUUUCCUUCCGUCUUCCUCUUAAUGGAUUUUUAAUACAGGUUAAACCCAGCCAAUCAGAGUUCAAAGUCACAUGACCUAAACGAGCUCAGUCAAGCUUAUGUCCUUUCCGCCUCCUCUCAGUGUGCACUGUUUACGUUUCUGUCCUGUACAUUUGGAUGUUCAUAACAUCGUGUUGUAAUUAUGAAUAAGCUUGUAUAUUGUUUUGAUGCAAUUACCUCAAAUGAUUUUGAAAUAUAUCGGACCAAUAAUAAAUCAAUGAAUGCAUUUGAUACUCA